GUUUUAACGUACUAAAACUAACAUACAAAGAUUCCAGAUGAAAUUGAUCGUAACUCUGCUGCUGCUGAGCGCGGCCGUGGUCAGCUUCGCGGCCGUCGCCAAGGCCCCCGCCGCCCGCGCCAACCUCAGCAUCGGCAGCAUCGGACCGCGGGACAGACUGCUGCAUAGAGGCUACCUCUACCGCCAAGGCGUGCCCAACUCCAUCCAAUACCAAGACUACAUGUACCGCGGCAACGCGACUAACAGGAUAUCAGCGAUUCGGGCCUUCGAAGUCGGGUACACCCAGUACGCUAGUCCCUGGUUGAUCCAGGGCGGACUUGGGUACAACUACGCUACUAUCAGGGUCCAGUCUGCCAGAGGAUGGGGAUACUACUACAGUAUCGAGAUCUAUGGACAGUAAAGAGCUGGAUAAAGGACGUUUUUGAUAUUGAUUUUGGUUUUGAAAUAUAAUAUUUGAAAUGUAUUUUUAU